AUGCGCUCGCCGCAUGCCUUCCGUAACGGCGAAUCUCCGACCUCGCGGGACCGCACUCACUUCCACUCCACCGUCGCAGCUCAGAAGCUCCGUCGCUUCAACUCCCUGAUCCUCCUCCUCCGCCUCGCCUCUUUCUCCUUCUCACUCGCCUCCGCCGUCUUCAUGCUCACCAAUUCCCGCGGCUCCGGUUCUCCUCACUGGUACGAUUUCGACGCUUUCAGAUUCGUGUUCGUGGCAAACGCGAUCGUGGCGUUAUAUUCGGUGUUUGAAAUGGGAACUUGCGUUUGGGAAUUCUCCAGAGAAACCACCUUAUGGCCUGAAGCUUUUCAAGUAUGGUUCGAUUUUGGCCAUGACCAGGUGUUCUCUUACCUGUUGCUAUCAGCAGGAUCGGCUGCAGCAGCAUUGGCUAGAACGAUGAGGGGAGGUGACACGUGUACGGCUAACAAGGCCUUCUGCUUGCAGUCUGAUGUAGCCAUUGGCUUAGGCUUUGCUGCUUUUCUCUUCCUCGCUUUCUCUUCUUGUUUCUCUGGUUUUCGAGUCGCAUGUUUCCUCAUUACAGGCUCUCGUUUUCACCUUUAG